UGACGACUGCUGCUAACAACAACAGUUCCUCAGAGGUUUUCUGGGGAAAUUUGCAAAUAAAGGUCACUCUCCUUUAUAAAAGAGUAAGCGGACACUUUCCUUUAUUGACAAUUACAUCAAUGACAAGAUGAAUUUGAUAUACGUCACCCUUAUUUGUGCAAUUCUUCAUGUGGGUUAUCAAACCCCACUGAAAUCCUGGACGUUGCAACCUAACAUUUUGGUUUUGGAGGUAAAUGGAAAGGUGGGCCAGCAAGCCCUCAAGUGCCUGCACUCAGCAGAUGGAGCAAUGAACGGCAAUGACAAGGAUAUAUUAUGGAAGAAGAACGGUGAAGACGAGGCACAGAGGGGUAAUUCAUAUCAGGUGUAUCUCGAAGAGAGUUUGGGAGGAGGCAACUACAGCUGCCACAGCACCAACGGAUCUCUUCUCAAUCACACUGUUGUCCUUAUUAAAGAGGACAUCACCGAGAAAAAGAAGAUUUUAGUGAAAAGUGACCUGGGGGAUUAUUUGAAGUGCUCAACUCAAAAUUUCGAGGGAGCAUUCCAAUGCUCAUGGACCUGGCACAGGACUCGGGUUGGAAAAGUAGCACUUAUCAGAGUUGGACGAGAGACAUAUGGUGAAUGUUCGGUGGAUAGCAGUGGACAUCACUGGUCAUGCUCCUCCGAUAAUAUCAACUGCUCUGUGGACGCCACCGGAGACGGGAUCUCCUGCAAGGACAAGCGGCAUUGUGCAUUUGCAGAGGAGAAAAAACGCAUCUCCUUCAAAGUCUAUGUUAGAACAAAAGGGUUCUUGGUGGAGGACUACUCAAAACACUUCUACUUGUCUGAAAUUGUGAAACCUGACAAAGUGACGAUCAGUAGACUCAACACAACAAUGAUAGAAUUGACUUACCCGGGCUCCUGGAGCAGUCCCUACUCCUACUUCCCUCUCAUUUUCCAAGUUUCGCAGAGCAGACAUACUUGUGAAAAUUGCAAAAACCCCUGUGAUGACUCAACUAGUGCAGAGACUGUGAUGGUGAACUCGUCAAACACUUGCCAAGUUGAGGUAAAAAAGAAGUGGACUGUCUGUGUCCGAGCCAAGGAUGCAUUCUGCAACUCGCAAUGGGGUGAAUGGAACCACUUGAGACUGAGAAAGAAGGGGAAGCGCAACCAGCGAAAACAUACCAGCUGAGAAUGUGUGGAUUAGAUGAAAAGGAAGACCUGGACAGCUUUAGGAACAGUAUUUAUUGUAUUUUCUAUUAUUAUUGAUGUCUUGAUUUUAUGAAUAAAAUGUUCUUGCCAUGUGUAAUUGAAGAUUGUUUGCCAGUUAAUACAAUUGCAAUCUGCGGGAUAAUGAAAUAUAGUGGUGCCUAAAAUAUGAGUUUGAUUUGUUGUAUGACCAUAUUCACCAUGCAAAAUACUCGUACCUUAAAUAAUC